AACAUUUUUUUCUGUUGUUACAAAACCGAUUGCAAAAAAAAAAAAAAAGUGAUCUUGGUGUGAACAUAAUGUUAAUGUAACCAAAAAGUAUGAAUAUCCAAAGGCUAAAGGAAAACGGUCGAAAAAACUAACCGGCGAACAGCAGGCGAAAGCGAAACGAAAUUGUUUUCGCGCUCGCAAAAUCAAAAUUCUAAAUUCGAACACACGCAAAAAAAAAAAAAAAAACACUUAUCCCAACAGUUCUUCGUUUCGGUUAUUUUUUUUUUAUGUUAUUAUUCUUCAGUUGUUUUGUGUUUCUGUGAAGUUAAAUAAGAAGAAGAAGAAGCAGACGAGAGAGCAGCAAGCCGCUAAACACAAUAACUGCACAAAGCGAAGGCGCAGAUAAUACAAAUACCAAAUACAUAAAAACAAAAGCAAAACUAAACCAAACGAACGGCAAAGCAGCCAACGAAUAAAAAGAACAACAACAACAAAACAACAACAAAUAAAACAAGAGCAGCUGCAGCAGCAGCCAGCAACAAGAAGAAGAACAACAACAGCUAGCAACAAUUAACAAGCGAGCCACAUGAGCAGCAGCGCGACGCCAACGCCGACGCAGACGCCAACGCCGACGACUUAUGUAGCGUUACAUGGCGAGCAUAAAAAGUGAAAUGCCGCCACUGCACGCGGCAGAGGCGCUAGCCGCCAGCAGCAGCAGCAGCAGCGCAACGGAUAGCGGCGGCGGCGGCGGCGGCAGCAGCACAGCAGCAACAGCAGCAGCAUCAGCAACAACAGCAUCAGCAGCAACAACAGUUGCUGCUGCCGCCGCUGCUGGCUCUGGCGGCAGCGCGCCCGCAACGCCGAAUGCCAAUGCAACAAUCAGCGCCGCUGCUGACUCCAGUGAUAAUCAGCCGGGCACGCCGCAGCCAACAACACAGCAGCAGCAGCAACAGCAACAGUCGCUUAUGGCUGCCGAGGCACAGCAGCAACAGCAACAACAACAACAGCAGCAGCAGCAGCAGCAACAACAGCAGGCGUCGGGCAUAACGCAUCAGCCUUAUGCGACCCAUCACAUGUACCCAGCGCAGCAGCAGCAACCGCCGCCGCAGCAGCAGCAGCAGGUCUAUGGCAGUAUCUAUGCCAGCGAUAUGCAGCAGCAACAGCAGCAGCAGCAGAGCUACGCCGCCAGCAGCUACAUUAACAGCUACGAGCAAUUCUAUCAGCAACAACAACAGCAGCAGCAGCAGCAGCAGAGCGUCGUCGACUAUGGCAGCGCAUACAUUGACUACACAAAAGCCGUGCGCUAUCAUCCGUAUUUGCAGCAGCCGACCUCCGUGCUGCCAGCAGCAGCAGCAGCUGCCGCCACAGCAGCAACAGUUGCCGCCGUCGAGGAUGCUGCCGCGGUGGCAGCAUCAGUGACAACAACAGCGGCAGCAGCGGGCGCUGCGAUGAGUCCGCGCGUGGUUAGCAGCAGCAGCCCCACCUCCACCUCGUCGCAUCUGCAGCUGAGCAGCGCCACGCCCAGUUCGCCAGGAGGCGGCUGCAAGCUGCAGUGCAAGAAAUGCGGCAUACUCAACACCAACGAGUCCGAGCUGCAGGAGCAUAUCGCCAAUGUGCACGGCGAGUCGCCGUACGGCAGCAGCGGCUAUGCCAGCUCGCCGUACAUCAAGGAGGAGAUGCCGAUGCCGACGCCGACAGCGGUUGCAGCAGCAGCAGCUGCGGCGGCGGCGGCCAGCGGCGAGUUGCUCGACUUGGACUCCCAGAAGAUGGUCUAUCAUCAGCAACUGUUGCAGCAGCAACAGCAGCAGCAACAACAACAACAGCAUCAACAGCUGCAGCAGCAGCAGCAGCAGCAACACGAUGCCGUUGUCUCCGGGCUGCCGUUGGCGUUGCCAGAUCCGCUGCACUCGAUGCAGUCGAUGCAGCAGCGCGCACUGCACAGCUGGGAGCAACAGGCGCCGCCAGCGGAGGCAGGCCUGCCCGCGUACAUGCAACCGCUGUUGGACAAAUCGCCGCAUUAUUACGGCUCGCCGAAGCAAUCACCGUAUCCGGCGACGGGCGGCAUCAAGCAGGAAUAUGCGCUUAUCAAAUCCGAGUAUGCCGACUCGCAGCACUAUGUGGACAAAUCGUUUGAUCCGACUGCCGCGGAAGUGACCACCAGUCCGGCCGAGUUUCCCAGCACCACAACGGGUGGCGGCGGGCCACAGGAUGGCGUCGGUGUCGGCAAUGCGUCUGGCAAUGCGGCGCCGCCGUAUCGCGGCUUCGAACCGCCCAGCUCCAGUUCGGUGCUGCCGGCCAACAGUCUGACCGCCAAGGCGGCCACCUGGAAGUCGAACGAGGCGCGUCGCCCGAAGACCUACAAUUGCACCGCGUGCAACAAGUGGUUCACCAGCUCGGGCCAUCUGAAGCGGCAUUAUAACACGACGCUGCACAAGAAUGCGGUCAAGUCGAGCGGCCAGCCCGAUCCGGCCACGCUGCCCAUAUCUGCCCAUCAUCAUCCCGCACGCGAUCCCGUCACAAAGACCAGUCGACGCGGCAAUGCUGCCGCAGCAGCGGCAGCAGCAGCAGCAGCCGCCGCCGCAGCAGCGGCUGCCACACAACAGGAGCCGCCAGCGCCGGAGCCGCCCAGAAGUCCGCCCGAUUAUGGGGGCGGCGGUGUUUGUGGUGCGACGGGCGUGCAGGUGGGCGCCGCCAUGUCGCAGUACUCGGCCUCGCCGUCGCCCACCGCCCAGCAGCAGCAGCAUCAAUUGGUUGCCAGCAAUGGUUAUGCAAGCAAUGGGCAUGGUCACGCCCACUAUCAUGGGCACUACAACAUGCAGCAGCAGCAGCAGCAACAAGUGCAAUCGACGACAAACGCUUCACCACAGCAUGCUAACGGCAGCAGCAGCAGCAGCAGCAAUAACCAACAACAACAACAACAACAACAACAGCGGCAGCAGCAACAGCAGCAGCAAAAUCACAACUCCGUUUUGAACGGUCACCCAAACGGGCUAGCAGGUCCCUCCGCCCCAAUCAACAACAACAACAACAACACACAAAUGCCGUCCUCCCAAAUGAGGGGCCUGCUGAACAAAACAACAAUCAACAACACAACAACAACAUCAACAACAACAACAACAAUAGCCACAGACACAACUAUAAAGAUCGAACAAAUGGAGGACAGCAACUCAGCAAUGGUCAUGGAGGAGCAGCAACACCAGCUGGAGGAGGACCACCAGCAGCAGCAGCAGCAGCAGCAGCAACACGUGUUGCAGCAGCAACAUCACCCACUGGAGCAGCAACAGGUCAGCUAUCUGCUGUCGCGGCCAUAUCACAGCAGCAGCAGCAGCAACAACAGCAGCAACAGCAACUCGCCGCUUACUAUUUACCACCACCAGCACCAGCAACAGCAGCAGUUGGAGCUGGACCAGCAGCAGGAGCUGCUGCAGCAGCAGCACCACCACCACCACCAACUGUUGCAGGCAAUGGAUUUCUCGCGCACCCAGCCGCUGCUGCCGCCGCCGCCUAUGGCAGCGCUGCUGCCGCCUAUAACAAUGGACUACAACAUGCUGGCUUUGGAUAUGCAGCAGCAGCACAGCAAUAUGCUGCAGUGCAGCAGCAUCAGCACGCAGCAGCAGCCGUCGCUGCCGGUCACUAUUACCACCACGCACACGCCCACCCUCACGCACACGCCCAUCCACACGCACACGCCCACCACCACGCGCACGCCCACGCCCAUGCCCAUGCACACGCACAUCAAUAUGGACAUGGGAUGCACCACUAUGCAGGCGCAGCAUUACCUGGCACCACAGCCGCUGUCGCCGCCGCAGCAGCAGCAGCAGCAUCUGUUGCUGGCGGACAACAACAGCAGCAGCAGUACGGCCAGCAGCCAUACGCCCAACAGCAUCAGCAGCAGCAGCAGCAGCAGCAACAUCAGCAACAACAUCAUCAGCAGCUCAGCAGCAGCAACAGCGAGCAGCAACCACACCAACAGCAACAGCAGCAACAUCUCCAGCAGCAGCAGCAGCAACAACAGCAGCAGCAACACCCUGCCAUGCUAUCAGCAACUGCCGCCGGUGCUGGAGCACACAAUGAGCUAUCACACUAUUAUUGGUAACGAGACGGGCGCCUAUGAUGCCUACACCAGCGAUGGCCAUCAGAUAUUGCAGCUGAUGCCCGCCUCGCUGUUCGCGCCCUAUGCUCCACUAUCGCCCUAUUCGGUGGCCGCACAGCGUUCGCCGCAGGAGGGCGACUUGCCGCCGGUGCAUACGUUGACCAAUGCGUUGCAGGCACAGCAGGAGGCGCAACAGCAACAGCAGCAGCAUCAACAUCAGCAACAGCACCAGCAGCAUACGACUCUAACGCUGCUGGCCACGCCCACACCGUAUUCGCCCACAGUAAGCAGCUCGCGUGCAACACCAGCCCUCGAACUGGACAUGGUGUCGCUGAUGGCACAACAGCAGCAGCAACAGCAACAGCAGGAAUAUGAGCAAUAUCAGCUGCAGCAGCAGCAACUUGAACAGCAGCAGCAUCAGCUCGAGCAGCAACAACUCGAACAGUUGCAGCAGCAGCAGCAGCAACAGCAGCAGCAGCAGCUGCAACAAACUGUUGCCGUGCUGCCCAAAAAGCGACGUGCUGCUGCCGCACUGUCAACAACAACAGCAUCUGGAAUAGGAGCAACACAGCCGGCGAGCAAGAGGCGUCGCAACAGCAGCAUCGGUUCGACAUCGCCGCACUCGACAACAUUGCCAUCGGGUCGCAUCAAGUGCCUGGAAUGCGACAAGGAGUUCACCAAGAACUGUUAUCUCACACAGCACAACAAGAGCUUCCACUCCGGUGAGUAUCCAUAUCGUUGCCAGAAGUGCGGCAAGCGCUUUCAGUGCGAGGAGAUCUACACCACGCACCUGGGCAGGCAUCGCACCCAAGACAAGCCGCACAAGUGCGAGCUGUGCCCCAAGCAAUUCCAUCACAAGACCGACUUGCGGCGUCACGUGGAGGCCAUCCACACGGGCCUCAAGCAGCACAUGUGCGAUAUAUGCGAAAAGGGCUUCUGUCGCAAGGAUCAUCUGCGCAAGCAUCUCGAAACGCACAAUCGCCCGCGUGUUGUUGGCAAAAAGGCGGCAGCUGUUGCCGCCGCAAAGGCUACGGCAGCGGCGACGGCAGCAACAGCCGCCGCAGCAGCUGCAGCAGCAGCAGCAGCAACAACAAUAACAACAACAACAAUAAUUAGUUGCAUGCAAACAGACAAUAAUAAGCUGGACGAUGUGGCCGCUGACGAUGAUAGUUUGCUAGACGACGAUGACGAUGACGAUGACGAUAAUGAUGCACAGCAGCAACAGCAGCAGCAGCAGCAGCAACUGUUGCUGAGCGGGGAGCAUCAUUUGAUCAAGAACGAAUUUGUUGAUAUUAAGCACGAGUAUGAGGAAGAGUUUUCGGAGGAGUUUCAAAUGAUUGAGAAGGACAUUGAAAUGUAUUGAAGGCAGGGGGGCCACGGGCUAGGGCAUAGCUACAAAUAUAGUGCAGGGGCGGGUACGGGGAAUGUGGGGCUUUGGGUGGGUCUUGGGUCUUACAAGGGCUGGGGCUUGUCUGCAAAUGCUCGAGGCUUUGAUUGGCUUAUUUCAUUUCAUUUCGUAUCCUAACACAAAACUUUUGGUAACAACUUUUGAUUGCACCAGCGGCAAUAAAUUGUUAUUAAUUUGUUUUUUAUUUUGUGACAUUUUUGAAAGUUUUCUUAUUUUACUUGUGUUGUGUAACAAAUUUGUAUUGCACUUGCAGCAAUAAAUUGUUGUUCGCCUGUUUUUUUUUUUAUUUUUUUUUUUUUUGGUUUUUGCAUUAUUUCAUAAUCAAAGCCUUUAGCCUUUGCAGACACGCCCACUCAGCACAGCUGUAAUUAACAGAACUUUUGCCAUAUAUGAGAAGGAAACACAAAACAAAAAA